UGUUCAAUGUUAUAAAAUCAACCGGCAAAUUGUUUAAGAUAUUUUUUUAUUGAAUUUUAUAUUAAAACCCCUUUAAAAGUGAUGCUUAUAAGAAGAAUUAAGUGCCUGCAGUAUCUGGGAACCCGCUACAACAGUUCGCACUAUGUGACAACUCCGAUUUUCUAUGUAAAUGCAGCCCCCCACAUUGGACACCUUUACUCGGCGGUUAUAGCUGAUGCCCACUGUCGUUAUCAGAUUCUAAGGAAUCCGGAAAAAAGUGUACGACUCUGCACCGGAACGGAUGAGCACGGUACCAAGAUCCAACAGGCGGCGGCACUUAACGGAGUUCCAGUGGCCAAAUAUUGUGAUGACAUAUCGGAGAGAUAUCGAAAAGUGUUCCGAAGUGCUAAUAUACAGUACGACGACUUCAUUCGCACAACAGAGGACCGACACAAGCGGGCAGUGGCGGAUUUCUGGAGGACACUUCACACACGAGGUCACAUCUAUUCAGCUGCCUACAGCGGUUGGUAUUGCGUGUCCGAUGAAACCUUUCUUACCGAUUCCCAGCUGAGACUAGAUGAGUCCACGGGCACACGUUACUCUCUCGAGUCAGGGCAUCCUGUCGAGUGGACUGAGGAAACCAACUACAUGUUCCGACUGGCACAAUUCCAAGAUGAUGUGCGUCAUUGGGUAAAACAAGAGGCUCGCAUCCGUCCGGCCAAGUUCGAAAAGAUUUUACUGGACACUCUUAGCGAACCACUGCCGGAUGUUUCGGUAUCGCGUCCUUCCAAUCGCGUUCACUGGGCUAUUCCUGUACCGGAUGAUGAUUCACAAACAGUUUAUGUCUGGCUGGAUGCUCUGGUUAACUAUCUGAGCUCUUUAGGAUAUCCUAAUAAGGAGUUCUCCAGCCACUGGCCACCGGCACAGCAGGUGAUCGGUAAGGACAUCCUAAAGUUCCAUGGCAUUUACUGGCCCGCUUUCCUUCUUGCCGCUGGAUUGGAGCCUCCCGGGCAGCUUUAUGUGCACUCCCAUUGGACCGUUGAUGGACAGAAGAUGUCGAAAAGCAAGCACAACGUGGUGGAUCCCGUCCAGGCAGCCCAGCAGUACACCAUGGAGGGCCUAAGAUACUUUCUACUCCGGGAGGGCGUUGCCCACAGUGAUGGCAACUACAGCCACGUUAAGGCGCAGCGCAUCCUUAACUCAGAACUGGCCGACACCCUGGGCAAUCUGCUAUCGCGUGCUUGUGCCAAGUCGCUGAAUCCCGGCCAAAUCUAUCCAUCAGCCAACGUCGAGCACUUGGCGGAUCUGCUCCAGAGUUUGGAUGCGGCCAAACGCCUGCAGGAUGCACUUCUGCAGCUGUCAGAACGAUGCGAGUCGCAUUACGAGUGCAAUCACUUCCACUUGGUGGCCGACAGUGUGAUGGCGGCUCUGCAUGCGGCCAACAACUUCUUCGAGAGCUCCAAGCCCUGGACGCUGAAGGCGGGCGCACCGGAAGGCAACCAGCCUCGUUUGGAGACCAUAAUCGCCAUGACAAUGGACGCGUUGCGGCUCUGUGGCAUUGUGCUGCAGCCCAUAAUUCCCCAGCUGGCCACGCGGCUGCUCGAUAAGCUAAGCGUACCGACCGCGCAACGUGGCUGGAAUUACUUGGCCAAGAGUUUUGCCACCACGCCAGCCAGUCAAGAAGGGAGCCAUCAAUUGGACGGACAAACCAGUGCUCUGCUGUUCCAGCGGAUUCUCGAGGAGAAUGGCGGAAAGUUGAAGGAGGAGCCGAAGCCGCAGCCAGCCAAGCGGAGUAAAUCGAAGAAGAAGGAGCGCCACGAAACAAUAUCCUGAAGUGGCUGUAAUAAACUGAUUUCAAAGCCAA